GAUGAUGUCACGGCAGUAAUGAGUGAAACCCAACACCGAGCGCGCAGCGCAGCAGAGCUGGAGAUGCGCCGAACCGAGCAAGUCCAGACACAUGCGGAGCUCAGAGCCCGGAGCGACUAUCUCUCUCUCUCUCUCUCCCUCUCCCUCCCUCGCUCUAGCUCUCAGUCCGGUUUAAUACAGAUCUUCUGACCUGCUCUCUCAAUAAACCCGCCGUAUCCCGUCGUCGCCCCGUGUUUCCAGCAGCGCGCUUGAUGUUCGAGGUCUGAUCCGUCAAGUUCUCCAUGCGCGCUUGCUCGCGGAGAUGUGGACGCUGCUGAUCAGGCUGGAUCUGGUCUCAUGAGCCGGUGGUGUCUUCUGCUGUGGAAUUCUGUUUUCGCUUUGAAAACUGCUGCUUGGACAAAUGCAUACAAAUGCAUUUAGGAGCCCAACGGACAAGGAGUGGACAAAUUUCUCCCACAUCGACAACGAGAUUCCUCGUCCUCCUCCUGUCAACAUGUGCGGCGCUGCUGUCAGCAGAAGAGCCAUCAGCAGCUCCAGGUGUAGACCUUAUUCAUCAGCUGGGCCUUUCUGGUCGCAGAGACAUACAUUCUUCCGGGACAACUUACCUCACCUCCCUUGCUUCAUCUCUGUCCAUCCUGCCCCCUGGUGUUGGGGUUAUCCUCGGACGGGAUGCCCUCAUUGAGGCCCCAUCUGUGGACCUGCUCCCCGCAGGCGUGGAGGAGGAGUUUUCUAUCAUAGUGAGUUUAAGCUCCUGGCGAGCGAACAAUGCCUUUAUUUUUAGUGUGCGUGAUGGCAGGGACAGACUGCAGUUUGGCUUGCAGCUCCUGCCUGGAAGGGUAGUGGUUUACACAGGUGAGAAAGCGUCGAUCUACUUCAAGUACGAUGUGCAAGAUAAACAUUGGCACUCCUUCUCUGUCGGGGUCCGGCCACGCUCCGUAUCUUUCCAUGCACGCUGCGGGGCUGUGCAGUACGGCGAGGAAACGCUGACCCGUCCACAGACAUUGAGCUCUGAAGGCCGCCUCUCUGUGGGAAGGAUGGACUCCAGGGCGGUGCAGUUUGAAGGAGCAUUAUGCCAGCUGGAUAUUUACCCCUCUGCCCAAGCUGCGGCGCACUACUGCGACUAUGUUAAAAAACAGUGCAGACUGUCCGACACCUUCCGAUCUCUGUCAGGGAGCUCAGAGUCCCCAUUCCCAUCAGUUUCACCUUCCCCAAAGUUCCACCACAGCUCUUCGGAAUCACACACAUUUAGCCCAACUCUUGCUGAUCACUCCACCAACUCUAUUCCCACAGCACUUUUUGACCAGUUUGCAACCACAAGCUCUCCGAUGUUUCGGUCCAGCACACCUAGGCACAUGAACCCAUCUCCAAGAACUUUCAGCAAGGUGCAAUCCCUGGACCUCACUCCAGAGACUUCCACAAGCAACCCCGCAACAGAGAAUAUGCUUGACGGUGAAAAUGACACUGAGAAUCAGCCACUUCUCAAGAAGCCCAGAGCAACUCGGGCCACCCCGGACUUGAUCACCAUCGUCAAGCAGAGCCGUUUGAAAGAGGCCUUGAGGAAUGAUGGUAGAUCCCACCAAUCCAACAAAGAGCUUCUGCAGGCCAAUCCUAAAGUGAACAGCACCAUUCUGUACCGUGAAGAGAGCAGCUACAACCUUGUGGACCAAUCUGAGGAACAGGUCCAGGAGGGGGUGCACGACACAGGAUACUCGGAGGGUUACGGAUAUGACUAUGGUUUUGAAGAGGACGAAUAUUUCUUUGACUACGAUGGAUUUGUUGGUCCUAAAGGAGAACCGGGUCCUCCAGGUUCCAUCGGCCCCCCAGGUCUCCCCGGACCCCCUGGAAAGAGAGGACCACGGGGUUCAGCUGGUCCUCACGGGAGUCCCGGGCCACAUGGUUUACCUGGUCCGAAGGGAGCAAAAGGUGAUCCUGGACUGUCCCCAGGUCAAGCGCCAGCAGGUGAUAAGGGUGAAAGAGGACGGCUGGGUCCACAGGGUCCCAAAGGUGAACCAGGUCCAAAGGGUCCCAAAGGCUAUCCAGGACCAGCAGGUCUGCCCGGAGAACAGGGUUUGCCAGGAUUGCCGGGCGUAUCUGGGGCGGCAGGUUACCCUGGCAGGCAGGGUUUGGCAGGACCGGAGGGAAACCCUGGACCUAAAGGUGUCAAUGGCUUCAUCGGACCUCCAGGAGUUGCAGGAGCACCAGGACUGGAGGGAGAGAGAGGAAUUCCGGGUCCUGUAGGAAUCAAGGGUCCCAAAGGAAGACAGGGUGUUGUUGGCGAUGCGGGUGAGCGAGGGCCGCCCGGACCGGACGGAAACGAGGGGCCCGUCGGAGGAACCGGCAGCAGUGGAUUCCCAGGCCUGAGAGGUGAUCCAGGGCCCGAGGGACCCCGCGGCUUUCCUGGCAUUGUGGGACCUCAGGGCCUGACCGGAGGGGUGGGGCCUCCUGGAAUGAAAGGUGAUAAGGGUGAACCUGGAUUGAGGGGUGAACCGGGAGAGACUGGCUAUCAGGGCGACAAGGGGACGGCUGGUAAUCCAGGCCCGACAGGACCACGUGGAAAACCAGGACCUCUCGGGAAAACAGGUGACCGGGGACCACAGGGGCCUCCGGGGCCACCAGGACCUGAGGGUUUCCCAGGAGACAUUGGUGCACCAGGACCCAACGGCCCCCUGGGACCAAAGGGUAUUCAAGGAGCCCGGGGCCCCCAGGGACCACCAGGGCCAAAAGGAACAGAGGGAGACGAAGGCCCCCCGGGUCCACCUGGAAAGCCUGGUCCCACUGGACGAAUAGGUCGGAAGGGUUUCAUCGGUGAACCAGGACCUGAAGGACUGAAGGGAGAAAUUGGUGACCCAGGGAAUCCUGGGAAACACGGCCCCCCUGGUCUGGUGGGACUGAUUGGGAUAACCGGAGUGAUCGGACAACCUGGAGAAAAGGGUGAUCGAGGUCCUCCUGGUCCUUUGGGUCCUCCAGGAGAGAAAGGUUCAACAGGGUAUCCGGGUCUUCCAGGAGGUCCUGGGGAUUUCGGCCCGCAAGGUCCACCUGGUCCACAAGGGCCGAGAGGAGAAGCAGGUGUUUCCGGGCCGAAAGGACGAAGGGGCCCGAGGGGACCUGACGGCCCUCCAGGAGAGCUGGGCCCUGAGGGCGUAAAGGGUGAAAAGGGGUCGCCAGGGAAAAAUGGUGCUCCGGGAUUCAUCGGUAAAGCUGGAGCUCCAGGGAAGAGAGGAGCAGCGGGAGCGCCUGGUAAAGCAGGUCCUCCCGGAAACACAGGUGAAAAAGGUCCUCCAGGUGAACCUGGCUCCAGAGGCCCUCCGGGGGACCCAGGACCAGAUGGAGAGCAAGGUCACGAGGGACCUCCAGGACCUGAAGGAGAGCAGGGGCCUGUGGGUGAACCUGGAAUCAAGGGUGAAAUGGGGCCUGUCGGAGAGGAGGGUGAAUUGGGCCAACCGGGCAUCAGAGGUCCUCCAGGGCCACCUGGAGAGGACGGGCAUCAAGGGAAGGACGGACCAAAGGGUGAGCCAGGCGACCAUGGACCAAUGGGAGAAGCAGGAGAAAGGGGUGAGAUUGGUGACCCUGGCCCAAUAGGACCUCCUGGAGAUCCUGGGAAAAAGGGCUUCCCAGGACCUGAGGGCAAACAGGGUCUGCCGGGUAACCGUGGACGUCCAGGAAAGAAGGGUGAAAAAGGGCCGCCAGGUCACUUGGGAGAAAUGGGCUCAUCUGGCGAAAUCGGACAAACGGGGGAGAGAGGACUCAAAGGUGCUCGAGGAACCAGAGGACCCGCAGGUCGACCAGGAGUUAUGGGACCUCAGGGAGAGCCAGGACUUCAAGGUUACACAGGUCACACUGGUAAGCAAGGUCCAGCAGGCCUCCCAGGGCCAAAGGGAGAAAAGGGUUACCCAGGAGAAGACAGUAAAACAGCAGGACCACCCGGGCCCUUAGGUGAACCAGGCGCUUCAGGAGAGAAGGGUGAACGUGGGGAACCAGGAGAUGACGGAUAUCAGGGUCACGCAGGAGUCACAGGUGCCCGUGGAGCAAUCGGUCAGCAGGGAUCUCCUGGAUCUCCAGGGCUUCCUGGUGAAGCAGGACCCAUAGGCGAGAAGGGAGUUCAGGGACUCACUGGGAAGAAAGGAUCCCGAGGUCCUGCUGGAGCUCCAGGCCCUGAAGGUCCGGUUGGUUUGCCGGGGCCCAGAGGGACAGAUGGGUAUCCGGGAUCUGACGGGCUUCCUGGUCUUCCCGGUUUACCAGGUCUGCCUGGAUCCAAAGGCCGAACAGGUCAGCGCGGUGAUACCGGUCUGGAGGGGAGGGCGGGACUUCCUGGCCCGCGGGGAGAGCUUGGACUUCCUGGUGUCAUCGGAGAGAGAGGGCCAGCGGGGUCAAAGGGUGAGAUGGGUUUGGCGGGUGACAGAGGACACGGGGGUGCUAAAGGCAUGGAGGGGGCGAUGGGAGACCAGGGCGUGAAAGGAGAGCAAGGUGCCAAAGGAGAGCCAGGUGAGGUGGGAGACGCAGGCAUGCUGGGACUCCAGGGCUUUCCGGGACCCAAGGGUCCAAACGGAGAUUUGGGGUUCACUGGUAUUCCUGGACUCAAAGGGCCGGCGGGAGUUCUGGGUUUCUCUGGUCCUGUAGGUCCGGUGGGUAUGAUCGGUCCGGUGGGGAAGCCUGGUGCCAGGGGACACAAAGGAAGCCGUGGAGAGAUGGGGCCUCAGGGGCCGCAGGGCAGUCCAGGGCCACAGGGGCCUCCAGGUUUACCCGGCCCGUCGAUACGCAUCGAUAUGGACGUUCACGAGCUGAUCAAGUCCAGUGCACAUCUAGAGCUGGAGAGUUAUCAGAACACAGACACGUCUCUGUCGGAGCAGAGCGCUGAGAUCUUCAGGACGCUGCAGUAUCUGAGCAGCGUCAUCGACAGCAUGAAAACACCGCUGGGAACGAGAGAAAACCCGGCCCGCUUCUGCAGAGACCUGCUGGACUGCCGACACAAGAUGAGCGACGGAUUGUUCUGGAUCGAUCCAAAUGUGGGCUGCACGUCUGACGCCAUCCAGGUGUUCUGUAACUUCACCGCAGGAGGACAGACGUGCUUAAACCCCGCUACAACGGAUAAGGCCGCGUUUGAUGUCGGGAAAGUCCAGAUGAAGUUCUUACACUUGCUGAGCAUCACGGCGACCCAGACUGUUUCCCUCCACUGCUUCAGUGACCCGGCGACAGUUGCCAUGGAGACGCCUCGAGCCCUGCGUUUCCGGGGUUGGAGCGGCCAGGUGUUCAAGGAAAACUCGUCUCUGAGUCCACACGUGGUUCUGGACGACUGUGAGAUCCGUGAUGGCAGCUGGCAUCAGUCACGAUUCCUGUUUCAAACCCAGGUCACUCAGCAGCUUCCCAUCGUGGACAUUCAAGGUCUCCAUCCCUCAAGUCCAGGAGACCAGCGGCACGUGGAAGUGGGUCCUGUUUGCUUCCUGUGAAAUCACUGAAGGACUUGAAACGGUCCUGAUCCUUAAAUCAGACCAGUGGCGAUCUGAGCGAUGGCAGCGAUCCUGGGACGUCUCUAAAACCCUCCCGAAGAACAAGCGCGUCUCCAGCCCGAGUGCAAAGUCCUUGCGGAUUGUGCAUUCGAUCUCGAAUCAUUGCUAGAUAAACUGUCAGACGAGGUUGAUUUUGUUAGCAAACUAUGAAAAGGCCGACCUGGACUCUUUAGACGGUGCUCUACCUCUUUCACGUACAGGUGCUUGCGUUCAGGUGCAUCCGGCCCAAAACAAGCUCUGCGAAAGUACACGAAUGCAAACUUCGUUUGGUGCAUCAUUGUGUUUUGCAAUUUGUCUUCUACAGUCAAUUUUUCUUUUAAAUCAAGGUGGAGGUGCAGUUUAAAGGCAGUCUUGCUAAGCAAGUUAGAUAAAUUUAGUUAAUCCAUAGACGAUUUUUAUAAGAACACUACCUAUGUUUCCCUUCACGUGUUUUUAAAGGAAAUUUGGAGUAUUGCAUAAAAAUGCUGGAUAGAAACACCAAUAAGUGCAUAAAAUCUUUAAAAAUUGGGGCAUCAUAUAAAAAACACUUCAUGGAAGUGUCUAGAUGUGCAUAAAUUCUUUAACAUUUUGAUGGAAAUGCCAAUAAGUGCAUUGAAUCUUAAAUAAAUUGGGGUGUCACAUAAAAAACGCAGAAUUAAAAUGCCAAGGAGCGCAUAACAUUUUUAAAAUUGGGGUAUCACAUAAAAAUAAUAAUAAAAAAAAAAAACGCCAGAUGGAAAAGUCUAAAAAAAAAAAGAAAAUCUGAAAAUUUUGGGGAAUGACAAAAAAAUCUUGAUGGAAAUGCCAAGAAGUCCAUGAAUUCGUAAAAACAUUGGGGUUUUGCAUAAAAGCACUGGCUGGAAAUGACAAAAAAUGUGUAAAAUGUUAAAAGAAACUGGGGUUUCACACAAAAAAAAAUGCUGGAUAGAAAUGCCAAGAAGCACAUAAAAUCUUAAAAAAUUGGGUAUUACAUAAAAAAAUGAAAAAAAUUGGGGGAUCACAUUAACAACAUGAAACAAAUUGGGUAUCGUAUAAAAAUGCUGGAUGGAAACUCCAAGAAGUGCAUAUAAAUCUUAAAAUGCUCAGAAAAAUGUAUUGAGGGGGCUACUUUAUUGUUCGGUAAGAAAACAUACACAUAAACUACGAUGGAAACACAUUUACCGCAACUUUUUAUUAUUUUAUUACUGAUACUUUGCGCCAGUUUCCCAGGAAGUGAAGAUUUUGUUUGCUUGACCUUACGGCAUAGAAACAUCAUUUUAUUCACAAAUGUUUCAUGCGAUAUUUGAAUUUUUUUGCAAGUUUUAGAUGGAAACAGCUACAGACCGAGACAUUUGAAGGAAUCACUUUGAGCACCUCAGAAACACAAGGAUGCAUAAUUUUAUGUAGGCUACAUCAGUCAGUCGUUUGCAUUGGUGUAUUUGCGUGCAGUAUGUUUCUGGCCGUAAGUUGUUUGUUUGUGCUGGCUUUUUCUGUUGUACUUUUGCAUUUGGUCAUUUCGAUCACAACAAAAUGCCUAAUUUAUAUGAACAGUGUGUUGAUAAGUUAUGUUACACAUCGGCGUAAUAUACUUUAUACGUUAAGGAGAAAGUUCGCUCGUGACCCUUAAAGAGACGCCACGAGUAUCUCACAUACAUGAAAUGGAAGAACAAGGAUACUUGAUGGGAUUUUUUUGUGACAUUGUUAUUUGAAACCAUUUUAAAUGUUCCCAGGUGAUAACAAUAUGUGAAUUUACAUACUUUACAAGAAAUCUUUUGAGAUAUUCGUGACUUCUCUGUCAUAUGGAAGCCGUUUCUGUCACCGAAUAAAAAAAAAUAAAUAAAAAAAAGUUUAUGUCCGUAAUUCUGAGUUUAUAUCUUGCAAUUCUGACUUUGUUCUCUAAAUUGUGAGAUAAAAAGUCACAAUUACUGCAAGUCUGUGGUGGAAAUGUGCUUCCAUAAGGUCAGGGUCAGUCGACUUCUCCGUGGUGCUGCCGUAUUCAGCGUUAGCAAUGAGUUAGUCCUUUUUUAUUUUCCCCUUAUGUAUAUUUGGACAUUAUAUGUUUGUUUAUUUAUGUUAUCUUUUUAUUUCUCCAAAAAUACUGUACUCCAAUAAAUUAUAUCUCUCAGAGAUCUCUCUGGUCACUCACCAUUUAGUUCAAAAUCUUAUUUAUGUCAAAUUUGUAUUUGUAUAUAAACACAAAUAGGGAGUAUAUGUUGUGUUCUGGCAGCUGCGAUUGGCCAGAUUCAGAUCACAUGAUCACACACAGGAAGUGUAACACCUGUUAACUUAUGAUUACAGUAUCAAAAUUGUCACUUAAUGUGCCUACAGAAACAAACAAAACAAAGACGAAAAAUGUAAAUAUUUAAUAUUUUGACAUUAAAUAAAAUGUAUGAUUUAA